AUGACUCUAACUCCGACCUCACCGACUCCUCUGAAGCGGAAGCCAUCAGUCAACUCCUCUCCUCGGGAGUCUCCCAAGAGACAGCGACUAGACUCACAAAGACCGUCCACUGAAGAGACCCUACACUCUACAAAGCACUACGCCGUGUACUCUCACAACCUCCUCGAAGAACCGGGUAGCGCCAGACCCCAGCUUCUCAGCGCAUCCACCGUCUUCGAGACCACCCAGAAAGCCAUGCGUGACCACGCUACCCAAGCGAUCGAAGCAAACGUCCAAUGGGGAGCAACAAGAGAGCUAAGCACCAAUCGUCUCUACGAGAUUCUCGAUAGUAAGAACCAUGUGGUUCUACGCUACGAAAUGGACGUUGUCUUCCCCGCAGGCGAAGAUGCAGAUGGUAUGAAGCAGUGGAGCCGCGCGAGCGAGCUGGAAGCUUUGCCAAUACAGUACGGUCUGUGUGUUGAGUAUCUCAAUGACAACUACGACGACAAAAAGGAAACUGAGCGCUCCUUGGUCGUUACUUUUGGUAGUCUAGGCGAAGCCAAACACGCAAUGAAGAAGUCGGCGGCGGCGUACAUUGGCAGCUCCAGUGGAAUCAAGGUGUCUGAGAGGCGGAUUGAGAUGGUAGGGGAGGAGGGACAAGUUCUUCGACGGUACAAGAUCGAAGAGGGCAGGAGGGAUGCGCAGGGUAGGUUUGUGAAAGAAGAAGACUUGUAUCUUGAGCUGAGCGGUGCAGAUUCUGAACUUCCACCCGCGCCCGAGAGAUUGGAGUCGUCUGCACCGCCAUCUCCUCAGCCGAUUGCUGCUCCUGCCAUCACUGCAGUCGUACGCCAAGCUACACCAAAAGCCGCAUCAAACAGUCCUGCUCCCGCGAUCCCCGAACCAGAAGCUGUCCAGGGCACUCGCCGCCAGUCUGCUCGGAUUAAAGUCGAGACUCAGGCUGCUAAGGAUAUGAAAGAAGAACAACUUAAGAUCGAGCCCAAGCCCAAGCCUCAGCCCAAGCCAAAGGCUCCAGCUCAACCCAAGCCCCCAGCUAAGCCCAAAACGCCAGCUAAAUCCAAAGGCAAAGGCAAAGCUCCAGUCCAAGAACCAGUCGAUAGAACCCUUCACUGCACUUGUCGCGGCCAUGACGACGGCAGUCUAAUGAUCGGCUGCGAUAACGACGCUUGUCCGAUAGGGUGGUAUCAUGGUCGUUGCAUCGGCAUCUCCAAGCCUAUUCCGAAGAACAAAGAAUGGUAUUGUGCCAUGUGUACGAAAGAGAUGGAGGACAACAAGGAUGCGGGUGUUGGAGCGGUUAUUGUGAAGACGCCUGCGAAGAAGAGAGGUAGCGGUGGUGGCGUAAAGACAAAGGCGAAGGCGAAGGCGAGGAAGAGGAAGUAG